GUCAAUGAUAAGCUGAGGGUCCGUCCUUAUCGUGAACUCCACUUCAAUAUUUUUCCGUCAAAAGCUCUCAUGCAAAACAGUCAUCGUUCAACUUCCAUUGUGUGUCUUGUCCUGCGACGUAUCUUCUGGUCUUCCGUCGGUUUGCAUCUGGAUUCAAAACUUUUGCUCCUUUAUAACAUUAACUGGAUAUCUUAAUAAAACGCAAAUAUGCCUGAGAAACAACGAGUCUGUCUGGCCUACAGUGGCGGUCUCGAUACUUCGUGUAUUUUGGCCUGGCUUCUUGAGAAGGGCUACGACGUUGUCUGCUUCUUGGCUAAUAUUGGCCAGGAAGAGGAUUUCGAAGCAGCGCGGGAAAAGGCUCUGAAGAUCGGAGCCAAAGCAUUCUACUGCGUUGACGUUGUCGACGAAUUCGUAAAAGAGCUGUGCUUCCCGGCUAUCCAAUGUAACGCCAGUUAUGAAAAUGUCUACCUGCUCGGCACAUCUCUGGCUCGUCCUGUCAUCGCUCGCGCCCAGGUUGAAAUUGCUCAGAAGGAAGGAUGCCAAUUCAUCUCCCACGGUUGCACCGGGAAAGGCAACGAUCAAGUCCGUUUCGAGUUGGCCUUUUACGCUCUGCAACCAUCCAUUCAAGUCAUAGCACCUUGGAGAAUUCCCGAAUUUUACGAACGCUUCAAGGGCCGAAAUGACCUUCUCGAGUAUGCAGCUCAACAAGGAAUUCCCGUCAGCCAGACCAAAUCCAAGCCAUGGUCCAUGGACGAGAACUUGGCACACUGCAGCUACGAAGCCGGCAUUCUUGAAGACCCGGACACCACGCCGCCGAGCGAUAUGUGGAAGUUGACAGCAGAUCCGAUCCUCUCUGCAGCAAACGAGCCCGAAGAUGUCACAAUCAAGUUCGAAAAGGGUGUCCCAGUCUCGCUCACGAGCUCGUCAACCGGAACCAAGACAAGCCCAACAGAACUCUUCCUUGCCGCCAACGCAUUGGCUCGCAAGCACGGUGUCGGCCGCAUCGACAUUGUGGAGAACCGCUUCAUUGGCCUGAAAUCUCGCGGUUGCUACGAAACUCCCGGCCUGACGGUGCUGCGAAACGCGCACAUCGACCUUGAAGGUCUCACUUUGGACCGCGAAGUCCGCGCCCUGAGAGACCAGUUCGUCACCAUCGGCUAUUCCCGAGUCCUCUAUAAUGGACUGUACUUCUCGCCGGAGCGGGAGUUCCUCGAGGCCUCGAUCAAGGAGUCUCAGAAGAGCGUCAACGGCCAGGUCCGCCUGCGACUGUACAAGGGCAAUUGCAUCGUGCUCGGACGGUCCAGCGAGACGGAGAAAUUGUACGACGCCAGUGAGAGCUCGAUGGACGAGAUCGGUGAUUUCGAGCCCUCUGAGACGGGCGGCUUCAUCAAGGUUCAGGCCAUCCGACUCAAGAAGUACGGCCAGAUGAAGGCGGAGAAGGGCGAGAGGCUGUAAGCUGAGGGAUUUGCGAUCAUCAAUCGACGAGGACCGACCUCGCACACUUUCGAGUCAAAAAGGUUGAUCAAUCUGCCUCGUGAAAUCGUCAAUGGGACGGAAUGGGCGGAUCAGUCAUGAAAGGGAGAGAGAAUGCAGACGGCAAGGAUGUGUCUCUGAGGAAACAUCACAGAAUUAGGGGAGAGAUAGGCAUUCAAGUCCAAAGCAGCGGUUGGAUCUCGCAGCAACGGAAGAAUCCUGCACAGCUAGAGUUUGAACUGCGGGAUUUAAAAUGCAAUGAAUCAUUGGUCUUUUUCUGAAUGCUUGAUUGAGAGAGUUAUUUCCUGGACUUUGUUCUGCAGAGAAGAAUAACUCGGGUUCAAACCAGUGCAAUAUAAGCAAAGCAGUACCGAGUCCCUGGAUGAAAUUGAGGUCUAAGAUGGUCAAAAGAGAACAUGCUGAUAGAAAUAUAUUGUGG